CUAAAGCCGUAGCUUUGUGCAUCUCCCUACUUAUCUCUGACCAUAAUUCUCACUGGGAAGUGGGAACUGCUGGGAACUGUGAAGAUGACACUGCUCAUAUAGCGGAUCUUUCAUUAAGCUACAUCGUAUGCGCUUGGUGUCCUGCAGUGAAACCCAAUGAGAUCUAUUCUACCAACACACUCUCCAAAUUACAAGCGGUCAGAGUUUGUUAGUACCCCAGUUAGUACGUGCGUGUGUUGCGCUCAGCUCCCAGGGCAUUAACCAAUGGGUUUUCAAAAAAAAAAACCGAGUAUUUAUACGAAUUUCGUCCAACAUUGUUCGAAAUCGGUGCAUAAACUCUGUAGGUUCUCACACUCUCAGUUAUAUAUAGGACCCAUCUCGCGAGGUACAUCGCCAUCUUGUGUGAACUUCCAAUCCAAUGUUAUACAGGACCAGUUACUGGCACAUGUCUCCCAUUGAGGAUACAGCCAUAAGGAAAGGAAGGAAGUUAGUACGCGCAGUACGCUGCUGCUCUUCUCAGCUCUUCUGCUUCUGUACAAAGCAUUUGUCAGCUGUUCGUUUCCUAAAAUUUUUUCGUUGAUUCUACUCAUACCUGUUUAAUCUGGUAGUUGAACAAUGUACUUAAUUCAUCGAAAGGGAUUACGAUUUUCUCGAGAAUCGUAGCGGUCAGAUUGGCUUAUGGGCUAUUAGGUUAGAUUACAUUAAAUCUGGAAAACAUCGACAGAGUACUCCAGGUUUUUCAGAAACAAUAAAUUAACAUUAUGGACGUAGAGAGAAUUGCAGUAUUUGCUGGUGUUGGUUUUGCAUUAGCUGUCGGUGCGUUUGUUCUCUGGGGACCCUCGCCAAGACCUAGAAGAAGAGGUCAAGUUGUUGGAAUUACCAAUUUAGGAUACACCUGCUUUUUAAAUUCCCUUCUUCAGUCAUUAGCAUCAUGUCCUACAUUUAUAUCAUGGCUCCAGAAGCAGCACAAUAAAACACAGAAGAUUUCCUUCACUAGCACUCUUGUUUCUGUUCUGGAAAAGAUCAAUGGAUUUUCUGAUGAUUUGUAUGGAGAUGUCACCCCUGUUGAAAUUAUCACCUCUCUAGGACCCCUAUGGAGUUUUGCUCCAGGGCACCAAGAUGCCCAUGAACUAUUUCAUGUAGUUCUCAGUGCGUUACAAGCAGAAUCUCAGCCUGUCAAUAGGAAAGGCUGUUUAUCUGAUGCUUUGCCAGAGGGACUUCAAGUUAUAUCAGACAUUAAGGGUUCUGGCGAUCCCUUAGGAUUGAGAAGCGUGUCCUGUAAUGAUAUUGCUGCAUCUGAAAAACAUCCAGAAGCGCUUACAACUAUUGACAAAAAUUGCAAUGAUCAGAUGAUAGCAUCCACCCAGUCUGUUUCAAGAACCUCUAUACCCUCCAACAAACCUGGCAUGAUUCUUGCUAGGUCUUCAGAGAUUCUUACAAAAGAGGAACUGGUAAAUUGUGCGGAUAAAGGAAUAUUUAGACCAUGGAGUUCCCUUUGUGCCAUUCCACUUCCCAGUGUUCCUGCCCUUUCCAAUGAAGUGCAUCCAUUCUCUGGGCUGCUAACCAGUCAGCUGCAAUGUACUAAUUGUAAUUGGAAGUCCUCUGUACGAUACGACAAACUGGAAAGUGUAUCGUUGCCAUUGCCACCAGCUAGUGCAGCUCUUACAUGGAGACGCCACACUUUAACAGAACUAUUCUCUCGUCUAGUAACAAGCGAAAUCAUACAUGAUGUUCAGUGCGACGGAUGUGCAUUGCGUUGCCCGGCGGUGAAGACACUAACUCUUGGCAAACUACCGCGAUGUCUAUGUCUUCAUAUACCCAGGACAACAUGGAGUUCGUCAGGAAUGCCCAUAAAAAGAGACGAUCCCGUCAUUUUUCCAGAAAUUCUAGUACUAGAUUCGUUUACAUUCACCGAGACAAAAAAGCGAAGUUCCCAGGGUGGUAUGCAGGCAAUGCUCAUCCUGGCUAAUCAGAAUACGACUCAUGGAAAACACAGAUACAGAUUGCGAGCAGUCGUGGAGCAUAGGGGCCCCGUCGACGCCGGUCACUUUGUUUGUUACAGACGAGGAAAUCGGCCAGGUCAGUGGCUGUACACCUCUGAUACAACUGUCGAGAGCACAACUCUGACGGACGUUCUUUUCGCGAGUCCGUAUCUUCUUUUUUACGAGCGCAUCAACGGAUCGCAAGAAUAGCUCAUGAGAUAUUCUGAUCUCUGUAUCAUCAGUGUACUCAACAACAUGAAACAUAUAACGUUCUACCGAUCUUGUGUUUUAAAUAGCUUUGAGAACUUGUCGUUAAGAAAAGAAAAUGUGGAGAAUCCACUGAUAUGACAACUCGGGAGUUUAUUAGGACUACUUGACAAGCCACUCAGAUUACAGUCGAGUUUUUGGAUUUUUCAAAACCGACUCUUCACAAUAACAAGUUAUAUACUCCUACACUAUACGUAAUUAUAAUAUAUUGUAGUCCUUUAACUUCUAACGUUAUGCAACAAAGUAGAAGCUGUAGAUAUCUCUUUGAGUUUACGUUUAGUUCCUUGACGGGACUCCGUUUCGAAUGUUUGUAUAUGUUGAGUACGAUGUUGAUUACCAGUCAUAUUUAUAGGUAUUACUGAAAGGUACUGUAAUUCUGUGAUCCUAGUCCUGUUAUUUCCCUCAGGCUCCCAUUAUCGCAUAAAAACCAUUUUCAGCAUGCGACGAUGACUUAAAUAGUGCCAAAACCGCAAUUUUUCAUAUUUCACUUUUAAUCCUCAGAAUACAUCCUCACGUUGAUAUUAGUGCUUACAGGUGCGUAAUGUAUCAUCGCAUAACUGAAAUAAUUAGACUGCAUUACAAUUAAGGAUAAAUGAAAAAUAUUUAACGAUAGACUUAUGAAAUUCAAAGACUUCGAAGGAGAGCUUGAUGAAAAGGAGUGCCAAUCGAGUGUUUGAUUUUAUUAUGUUUUGAAUUAACAAGCGACCAUCACUAGACGGUUAACAGCGAUUUAUAAUAAUUAGGGGUAUGACACUGAUACACUAUUAUAUUUGAUUAUUAAUAUUGGUAUGUUCAUUGAAUAUUUUUUAAUUAACUAUUCGUGCUGAUUCGAAUACAUCGAAAGUUCGCGAAAUUACAUUUACACUCGAAGGUUGGUUAGUAGAAAACUCUGAGGCCUUCGUUGACGUAAAACGUAGAACGUGUGUUGAUUUCAAGUACCACGUUGCUUCGUCACUUCUUUAUGACAAACUAUUUCUGUACAGUUUUUAAAUUUAUUAAGAAAAAGGAACAAGGAAACGUUAUAAAUAUAUAUACAAUAUAUAAAAACGAAAUUGCCAUUAAGAUUUUUUAGGGUAGGGCUGGAGUCAGCUGUAAUCGUCAUCUCGAUAAAAAGUAUGUAAAUGGCGACACAGAAGUAACUAUGGUAAUAGAGCGAAGUGAAAUAAAAAAUAAUAUAAAUAGGAA